GGCUAUUGAAUGUUGUCUCACAGGCAGCAGAGGAACUGGCAGCAGGAGGAGACAGGGAGAAAGGAGGGAGAGAGGGGGAGUAUACGGUGCAAUAUCGUGAGAGGGAGAGAGCAAAACAGAGAGAGUAAUAGAGGAGACAAGAGCAGCUUCAGGCAAAAGGAUAAAGGAGGAGGAAGGAAAAAUAGGAAAAUCCUUUCUGUGCUGCUGAAGCUGUUUACAUCCUAGGUUGCUGAAGACAAGGAGGGGCUGUGACUGAGAUGAGAGUGCUGCUGUAGCUGGGUCCAGUUCUAAGGAUGCCAGGGUAGAAGUGAGGUUCUACAGCGGUUCCACAGCAGUUCCACAGCACAACCAGGCAGGAACCAACACUGGGAUGCAGAACCUACGACAUGCAGCCACGGAGGCUUUCCAUCGCCUGGGUCUGAAGCAAAGACACCUGGGAUAUGAGGAGUUGGAUGAGGCAGACCCGUCCUACUCCAAGCCCCAGCCUCACUGGUUCCACACGCUGCAGGUCCGCAGGCUGACGGUCCAGAGAGAACGCAGCAACAGUGACCCUAUGGGGGGGAAGAGUUUCGAUCAGGAGUUCCAAUGGAAAACAGGCCUACAGUUUGGCACAGCUAACUCCUACCUGAACCUGGAGAAGCUAGGGGAAGGGACAUACGCUACAGUCUACAAAGGAAUCAGCCGGAUAAACGGGCACCUGGUGGCCUUGAAGGUGAUUCGUAUGAAGACUGAAGAAGGCGUACCAUUCACUGCCAUCCGAGAGGCUUCCCUCCUGAAAGGCCUGAAACACGCCAACAUUGUCCUGCUCCAUGACAUCAUCCACACCAAAGAGGCACUCACAUUUGUCUUUGAGUACGUACAAACAGACUUGGCUGAGUAUAUGAAGCAGCACCCAGGGGGCCUGCAUUCCUACAAUGUCAGGAUCUUCAUGUUCCAACUGUUGCGGGGUCUGUCCUACAUCCACGGUCGGAGGAUCCUGCACCGGGACCUCAAACCCCAGAACCUGCUCAUCAGCUACCUGGGGGAGCUCAAACUGGCUGACUUCGGGCUGGCCCGGUCCAAGUCCAUCCCGUGCCAGACCUACUCGUCUGAGGUGGUGACUAUGUGGUACCGGCCUCCUGAUGUCCUCCUGGGUUCCACUGAUUACUCCACUGCUCUGGACAUCUGGGGAGCUGGAUGCAUCUUCAUUGAGAUGCUUCAGGGGACACCAGCCUUUCCAGGGGUGGCAGACAUCUUUGAGCAGCUGCAGAAGAUAUGGGCUGUCGUAGGGGUCCCGACUGAGGAGACGUGGCCAGGAGUGAACGAGCUGCCCAACUUCAGGCCAGAAUGGUUUCGACCAUGUGAGCCCCAGCAAUUCAGGAAUGUUUGGAAAAGACUGUCCCAGUUGCCCUAUAAGACAGAGGACCUGGCCCAGCUGAUUCUGAAGACCAUCCCACGAGACCGCAUCUCAGCCCAGGAUGCACUGCAGCACCCCUAUUUCAACACGCUACCGCCCCCCAUCAUGCAGCUACGAGACACUGUAUCAGUCUUCAAGGUCCCCGGAGUGAGGCUGGAGACAGAGGUGAAGGAUAUCUUCAGUCCUAGUCGAAGGAUCAGACCUUCCCCGCUGGUGCCCUUGGCUAAGUGCUGGUGAUAGUGGGCCUCUACCCCCCUGGGCUUGGCCCCUACCCCCAGGCCCCCAGGCCCCCAGCCCUGGCUGCAGGCUAGAACACCACCUGAUCAGGAUGGAGAGGCAUGAGGCUUCACACACACAACACUUACCUACACCACCAGCGUCCUCCACCAACCUCUGCUCUUGACUCCACCCAGCAUUCCUCAGUCAGAGUUCCCAUGUUGUAAGAAGACAGGAGAGAAGAGGGAGGGGUUGAAUGGUACCUGGUAGGGGUUGAAUGGUACCUAUCACAUAUUAGAUGACGUCAGAAGUACCGUAUGUACUGUAUAUACUCUAUAUCUGAGACCCCAUGUCUGUUGUUGGUGGCAACGGAAAGCUACGCAAUGUCUAAGAGAACUGUCAGGUAGCUCAGAACUACUCAACACAUUCCUCCUGCUAAACCACCUCCUCCUGCUUCCUCCUCCUUCUCCUCCUUCUCCUACUCCUCAUCAGCUGGUUUACCUCUUCCUCCUCCUCCUUUUUCUCCUUCUCAGAGCGUCUCCUUGGACUCCCUAUACUCUCUCUGCCUCCUCCUAAAUGUACAUUGAGAUUUAAUGAUGACGAUAGGUUUGUUUUGAAGAUGAGUGUUUUAUUUUGUACUGCCAAAACAUGCAUAUAUUAUAUACCUCUUAUGUUAAUCAGGUCCUUGUGGACCAUGAUUGUUCUUUUGCACAGCAUGCAGGUGGGUAUCCCUGCAACAGAAUGACUGUGACGGUUGUGUGUACACUGUUGUGUUGUGUGUACACUGUAAUUCACGUUGUAUUGUACCGUGAAACUUCCUCAUUAACACCCUAUAUAGCAUAUUUUUCAUUCGGCAAUCUUGUGAUGUCCACUCUUCAAUUGUCUAUGCUUGGGUGCAGCUUGCCUUUAGAAUGUGUGUGUGUGUGUUUUUGUGAGAAUGAGUGAAGGAGUGUGUGAGUCAAUAAAUGUUGCAGUUAUGGUA